CUCCUCUCCACCCCCAACCAGCACCCACCCCCGAAUCCCAGUCACUGGAGACGGUGAGAAGCGGCAGGCGAGCGGCCGGGCUUGCGCAGGGCAGUUUCUUAGAGAUUGAUCUUCAAUUCACGGGGACUCCAGGCCAAUCCUGGAGGGUUGGCAACCCACUACAGACAACCUCAUUGAGACACCUAAGGUGAAGGUAGAGUGCAGGGAUUUGAAAAGAGUAGGAGAGGUGAGAAGAUCAACCAGGAAACUGUGAUCAGGCGGUGCCAUAUUUACGAAAGGACCAUGGUGGAGCAGUUGACUAUGAUGUCCAUGUUGGGCGUUCUGCUUCCAACUCUAGUUGUUGCAGCACCUCCUCCCAUCAAUAAACUGGCACUGUUUCCUGAUAAAAGUGCCUGGUGUGAAGCAAAGAAUAUCACCCAGAUAGUUGGCCACACUGGAUGUGAGUCAAAGUCCAUCCAGAACAGAGCAUGCCUUGGCCAGUGUUUCAGCUACAGUGUGCCCAAUACUUUUCCACAGUCCACCGAGUCCCUCGUUCACUGUGACUCCUGCAUGCCAGCACAGUCCAUGUGGGAAAUUGUCAUGUUGGAAUGUCCCAGCAAUGAUGAAAUGCCCAGGGUGGACAAACUAGUGGAGAAAAUUGUACACUGCAGCUGCCAGGCAUGUGGAAAGGAACAUCACCAAGAUUCCCGACUUUUUAAUGUAAUUCUAAAUGAGGAAGAGGCCUCUCCCCCGGAGGUGGUUGGAUCUCCUCAGAUUGUUCAUCAUGACGAGCAAGUUGCUCUUGAACAUGGCAGAGAAGAAGAGUAGCGAAAUAGAGACUCUGACACAAGAAGAGAAAAAAAUGAAGUUUUGGUAUAAAAUUUUAGUUUGUUUUAUUUGUUGAACUCUAGAAAGUAAAUCAAAAUAUAACAAAAUUUAAAAAAAAAACACAUGCAGACUUAUUUAAGGAGAAAGUCUUUAAGAAAGAAUGUCAUUUGUUGUAGAAAUUAAGCAGGAAUCCCAAUCAAAUACUAAUAUAUACCUCACCAAGAUCCAGCAAAGUAUAAUUAGAAUUUGGUGAUCAGUGUUGGGUUCACAAUGUCUGUAAUUAGUAUGUCUGGUUUUUCUUAGACCACAGAGAUCCCUGUGUGCAGCCAUUUCAAACUUAUAACUGUUUGUAUAUAAAAUUACGGUUUAUAAAUCUUGUAAACUUUUUUUUUUCAAAAUCUUCCUUUCAUUUCAUUUCCUGAUCAUUAAAGACUUUUCAGAUAUAGGAGAGAGAAGAAACAACACAGGAACAGACAGACAAAAAGGGAGACACACAGAAAGAGAGAGACACACACAAAUGGAUAGGUAAACAGAUUGGGAGACAGACACAUGCACGCACCACAAACACACACAGGCGCACAUACACACGCAUGCACGCACACAUACACACAUGCACGCACAAUACAUAUGCACACAUACGCAUGCAUGCACUUUUACACAUGCACACAUACAUGCAAAUGGACAACAUAAUAUGCACGUAUACACACAUGUACAUAAACAUAACACACAUGCAUGUGCACACACACAUACACAGACAAUGCACAGAGAGAAACAUAAGUCAAGCAGACAGGCAGAGGCAGACACUGAAAGAGUUAGCAAGAGACAAAUUAAAACACUACACCCACACAAUACUUAGAAGGAAAUGCAAAUGUUAUUAAGAUAAAGUUAUGUAUAAUGAAUGUGUAUUUUUGAUAUGUAAGGAGCACUGAAAAUGUGAUGGGAGUUUGGAAACACAGUGAAACACUGAACCUCUGUUUUUUCUGGGCGAAGUCUGUGUGGUGUGGGCAGAGAGAUCACAAAUGUUCCAGCUUUGGUCCUGAUUCUGCGGUCAUUUAGCUGAUCGUAGUUUGGGCUGGUGUGGGUUACCCAUAGUAUCUGACCCAGGGAAAGGAGAAAAGGUUGCUUCAGGUUUCCGCUUCCGACCACUAUUCAGUGGCCCCUGCUGGAAAGUGCACAUGCGAAUGUCAGGUAAGGACAGAAUUGUCCUUAGCUGUGACGCUCCCAUGAUGGAACAGCCUGCUGAUGGUCACUGCUCAGGUUCCUGGGAAGAAUACCUGCCUGGUUGAGAUACCAGAGAAUGACCAGUGCUUAUAGAAUUGCAACCAGUGAGAAUCAUUCUUUUUCUAAACAACAGAUAAUUCAAGGCAGAAGUGAAAGGGGGAGGGUGGAAAGAAACAAGGGAAGAGCGUAAAUAGUUCUCACCUGAUUUUAUAACAUUAUUCUGUACUUGUAUUUUUCUUUUUAUAAACUGUGUGAAUUUAUUCUAAUUGAUUAUAUCUGAUUCCCUUCUGUGACUCUGUAAGAUUAAAUUCAGAGAUUAUAGGGGUCAGAUUUAACUCACCUGGUAGCAACCAGGCAGUUGAAAUGGAGUGUGGAAAUUGCCAACUCCUUUCCAAUCUGGCCCACUGCAAUUACAAAUAUACAGAUCGAGCUUCAUCGACAUCAAGUGCCAUUUUAAUCUCUGGUCUGAAUAAGGGAGGAAUGGUGAAUAAAGUAAAAUGUUUCUA